CCUGCUUCCACAACCACAGUGUCUUCCUAUGCUUUCUUAUCGCAAACCUCCCACUUAGCAAUUCGAUCCGUCGUAACCAUAUCCGCCACACUACGGGCUCAGAAGUAGCUGUCAAUUCCGCGCAGAGAAUAAUAGCAGACCAUACCUGCAGCCAUGGCGCUCUUGCAACUACGAGCGCCCGUGGAUUACCAGGCGCAACAGGCCGCUUUCGAGGCCUUUUUGUCCGACUUCAAGACUUCGCCCGAGCAGACCAUCACACACGCAUUGGGCAACAUCAAUAUUGACGAAGACGACCUCAGCGACGACUAUGACUUUGUGGACGAGGAUGAGAAUGCGCGGCAGCAGCGCCAGAGGGACAAGGCCCGCAGGCGGGCGCCCCACCACAAAUACAAAGACAUGCUGCAGGAGCUCGCCGACAGGAAGAUCGAUGAGGUUACGAUUGAGCUCGAUGAUCUUUACGCUUACGAGCAGGACGUGAACGAGGGGCUCAAGCUUGUCGAGUCGGUUGAGAAGAACACUAAGCACUACGUUGAGAUCCUCUCCAGGGCUGUUGACAAGCUCAUGCCCCCGCCGAGUGAGGGCAUCACGUUCAAAGACGAUGUGCUCGACGUUCUCAUGGCGAACCGGCAGAAGCGCAACAGGUUACUGGAAGAUAUCGCGGACAGGAUAUCGGACCCUACCGUCUUGAAUGAUCAGUACCCGGCACAGCUGACCCGGCGAUACACGCUAGUAUUCAAGCCCAGGACCUCGACGCCUGAUGCACCUGUCAAGGCGCUCUCCGUCCGCCAGGUGCGCGGCGACCACCUUGGCCACCUCAUCACCAUCCGCGGCAUUGUAACGAGGGUUUCCGACGUCAAGCCCAUCGUCCAGGUCAGCGCCUACACCUGCGACCGCUGCGGCUGCGAAAUCUUUCAGCCCGUCACCGACAAGCAAUACGGCCCUCUUACCGUGUGCGUGUCCAAAGACUGCCAGGAGAACCAGGCUAAGGGACAGCUGUACCCGUCAUCGAGGGCGUCAAAGUUCCUGCCGUUCCAAGAAGUCAAGAUUCAGGAGCUUGCAGAACAGGUGCCGAUCGGCCAGAUCCCUAGGACUCUGACCGUCCUCUGCUACGGCAGUCUCACCAGACAGGCCCACCCGGGUGACAUUGUUGAUAUCGCCGGCAUCUUCCUUCCCACCCCUUACACGCGCUUCAAAGCCAUGCGUGCCGGCCUCCUGACCGACACGUAUCUCGAGGCCCACCACAUUACCCAGCACAAAAAGGCGUACGAGGAUAUGGAGAUAGACCCGGUCAUGGCACGGAGGAUCAUCAAGUUCACGCAGUCAGGCAACCAGUACGAGUAUCUGGCCAAAUCGAUUGCCCCCGAAAUUUACGGCCACCUAGACGUCAAGAAGGCGCUCCUUCUACUCCUGGUAGGCGGUGUUACCAAGGAGGUGGGCGACGGCAUGAGAAUCCGCGGCGACAUCAACAUCUGCCUGAUGGGUGACCCCGGUGUAGCCAAGUCGCAAUUGCUCAAGUACAUUUCCAAAGUCGCCCCGCGCGGCGUCUACACCUCGGGCCGGGGUAGCAGCGGCGUCGGUCUCACAGCCGCCGUCAUGCGCGACCCAGUCACCGACGAGAUGGUGCUCGAAGGCGGCGCGCUGGUCCUCGCCGACAACGGCAUCUGCUGCAUCGACGAAUUCGACAAGAUGGACGACAACGACCGCACCGCCAUCCACGAGGUCAUGGAGCAGCAGACCAUCUCCAUCUCCAAGGCGGGCAUCAGCACCACGCUCAACGCGCGCACCUCGAUCCUGGCCGCCGCCAACCCGCUCUACGGCCGCUACAACACGCGCCUGUCGGCCGUCGAGAACAUCAACCUCCCCGCCGCCCUGCUCUCGCGCUUCGACGUCAUGUUCCUCCUCCUCGACACGCCCACUCGCGAGACGGACGCCCAGCUCGCCAAGCACGUCGCCCACGUCCACAUGCACAGCCGCCACCCGGACCUGGGCACCGCCGACGGCGUCGUCUUCUCCCCGCAGGAGGUCCGCGCCUACGUCGCCCAGGCCCGCACCUACCGCCCCGUCGUGCCCCAGGCCGUGUCCGAGUACAUGGUCAAGACGUACGUGCGCAUGCGCAACCAGCAGAAGCGCGCCGAAAAGAAGGGGGGCAAUGUCAGCGGAGCGAACAACAAUUUCGGCCAGACCACCCUGCGGACGCUGCUCGGCGUCGUGCGCCUCUCCCAGGCGCUGGCCAGGCUGCGCUUCAGCAACGUGGUGACGCAGGAGGAUGUCGACGAGGCGCUGCGCCUGGUCGAGGCCAGCAAGGAGAGCCUGGUGCAGGACGACAGCCGGUCCGGCGCCGGCAGACGGGCUCUUAAUGCUAGCAGUAAGAUUUAUAACCUAGUCAAGGGCCUGGCCGACUCGGGGGCGUGCAGGCCUGAUGAUGAUGACGUGGACGGUGACGAUGAGGAGUUUGGCAUCGAGCUGAGCUUGCGCAAGGUCAAGGAGCGCGUCAUUGCCAAGGGGUUUACUGAGAACCAGUGGUUGGCUGCGCUGGAGGAGUAUACUGAGUUGGAUGUCUGGCAAACGGCUGGAAACGGCACUCGCCUGGUGUUCAUUACUUCUGGCAAUGGCGACAGGGAGGAGAGCCAGGAGCUGUGAAUGUGGGAAUGAUCGAGUCCUCGUUUAAUUGUCUUGUGUCUUUUUGGCGUACUGUAGGCGUUUAAAUCAGGUGUCUGCUCAAGGUACUGGACGGUUCAUCGGUUGGAGAAGGGUGCUGUAGAAGCUAGGGAUAGCCAUUGAUGAUUUGUGAGAGAAGUCCCCUUUGCUCGGCGUCCCGUGGUCAACAUGUCGCCGCCUUUGCCCUGAUACUCUAGUUUUAAUUCUCCAAUUUAAUUCCCCAAUUUAAUUC